GCCCUCCGGAGCCCCCCGAGACCGGGACAACCCCGCUUUUCCCACGGCCACGGCAGCGUGCAGGCGGCGAGGUGUGUGUGGGGUGAUGCACCUGCGGAGCGGGGCCCCCCCAUGGGCCGGACCCCCCGGGGCGGAGCUGGACGAGGCGGGGCCGCCCCUACCCGCCCCCCUGCCGCCUCCGGGGCCGCCUCCCGCGGGCGCGCAUGUGCCCGCGGCUCCGCUCCGCUCUCCCGGGAGCUCCGCGGCGCCGCAGCCGACACCUCCCGCUGGGAUCGGGCCGAGCCAAGCCGGGCUAAGCCGAGCUGAGCCGAGCCUGGCUAAACCGAGCAUAACCGGCCCGGGCCAUGGCCCCGCCGUGCGCCGGGGCGCUGCGCUGUGCGCUGCUCUGUGUGCUGCUGUGCGCGCAGGGGCCCGCACCCACCCGCGCAGGAGACUGCAGCGAGCUGAGGUCCUGCGAGACAUGCACGGCCAGCACCACCUUGCACAAUGCCACCGGCUGCGUCUGGGUGGGCUGUGGGAACCCCGAGGAGCCAGAGACAGGGAGCUGCGUGCAGAGAGGGGCGGCAGCGCGGGAGACCUGUGCACUCUACAACACCAGCACCCUGUGUCGAGCGCUGAAGUCCCCCACCGAAGAGCCUCCGCAGUCCCAUAGCAAGGAGCCGGCGACGCAUUCCCCAAGGACCACCACCACCAGCGCCCCGUUGACAGGCAGCCCCGAAUUUCACCCGCCCGGCUUUGACACGGCCAGCUUCAUUGGCGGCAUCGUGCUGGUGCUGAGCGUCCAAGCCGUGGUCUUCUUCAUCAUCAAGUUCAUCAAGUCGAAGGACAGCACCUACCAAACGCUAGAGGACAACCAGUAGGUGCUGGGUGCCGGCGGAGAUGGGGAGGGGGCUGCCCCUCUGCACCCCCCGAGCGUGACCCUUCUCUCGCCCCUCCCCGGGGGGGGAUGGCGUGGUCCCUCUCUCCUGGUUUGCAUGAAGGGGGUUUCCCGGCUGGUUUGCUGUUUUCCUGGGCGUCGUUAGUGGUGGAAGGGAAGGGGGUGUCCCCCCUCACCCCCCUUUCGUGCACGCAGCCCCUGGUGGGAUGCAGCUGAUGUGCAGCCCCAGCACCCCCCCAGCCCUGUGGCAGCAGGGUGCAGCCCCCCCCCCCCAGCACCCUCAUCAGGACGAGAGCUGCAGGGCCCAGUUUGCCCCCAGUUAGAGAGCACUCAGCAGCCCCCCUCCCCACUCUGGGCACCCCCUGAUCCCCCCACUGCACCCCCUACCCCAUUGCCUCCCCACCGCCUUGGGGCUCACUGAGGGGGGGCCUUGGGAUCCCCUCUUUCCCCGGCAGGCUCUCAGGUGCUUUUCCCUUCUGCAUUUUGGCUGGAGCCCCCAGCCCCCUGCUCCGACCACCCCCAGCCACUGCCCCCCCCCCCCCCAGCCCCUCCGUGCCCACCGGAGGAGCAGAGCCAGGGCCUUACUGUGUGCUUUUGCUGUGCCUCUGUGUUGCUGUAGGGGUGUCAGGGGGGGGUCCCCAGCUUCCCCCCCCCCCCUUUCUGUGUGUUGUUUUGGGGAGGGGGAUGCGUGCUGUGUGUUGUGGGGUGAGAUUUGUAGCUCGGGCUGCCCCAAUUAAACUCUGCGAGGUGGUGUC